AUGGUGCGCAAACGUGAGACACGGCGUGCAUACGACUUGCUGCAGCUGCUUCCCGGUUUAGCUGCGGUGAGGUCUUUUCCCCGAGGUCAACCCGAGACUACCCCCGAAAAGCGUGGGAUGGACCCAGGUUGGCCGAUGAUCCAAGUUAUGGAUCUGAUCUCGGGCGAGUUCCGAGGAUCAUCCCUUCCCUCCCGCAACAGGGGGUAUGGAUAUGAGAGCUGGCUGUACAUUGUAGGGAGGGAUAUCAGUGUCAGAGAAACGCAGGUGAUGGGCAAGUUUCCCCGAGGUUUCUCAGACCCCAAACCAACCGAUCCAGAAUGGAUCGACCGCAGAGUUUGCGGCCCACUUGAACCACAAUGUGAUGCCUGGAUGGCGGAGGCAGGACAAGUGGACAACAACCGUCCACCAGGCUAG